AUGUCGGCAUAUGGGCCAGCAGACACAGAUGUGCCGACGAUGACAACCUACAUCAAGACUCUGACAAACCCACAACUGAAGCUUCUGCUGAGACAUGAAGGACUGCAGGUAUCGGGACUGAAGGCAACUCUGCAGUUUCGCAUUAUUCAUCGACUCCAAAAUUUGGCAGAGUCAGAUACAGUCAGUUAUGAAGCGCUCGUGGCGUACAUACGCUCAAUCAUCUGGCCCCACUCUGCGUCGUCCUUAGGGCACUCAGAGCCGCAGUAUCAAGCACCGCCCGUAUCUCAGUCUCCUGCACAGGCUCGCUCGACAGGUCCCGGAAUCUCAAUGUCACCGUUUACAUAUACCACCGGUCCAAGCGCCCCAGUCAUGAAAGCUCCGGCCCCCAAAUCCCCCGGGCCUCUGAUCUUCAAAGACAGUCCAUUCUUCACCGUGAUAGAGUCUCUGACUCCGGUUGUAGAAUGCAAGAUCCGCGAAAACACCAGAGAUAGCGUCGAGUUGAAGGUGAUGCUGUCAUAUUCAGCGGCCGAAAGACUACAGACCGACCUAGACACCCGAGUGAUGGUUUAUUGUGCCGGUGACUCGGGUUUGACUCAGUUCACCAAGUCUGACAUUGCCUUUCCGCACCAAGUAGAGCUCAAGGUGAAUCUGGAUGAGGUCAAAGCCAACUUGAGAGGGUUGAAGAAUCGGCCUGGUACCACACAGCCCGCAGAUGUCACCAGCCUCAUUCGCAAAAAGGCACACUAUCCUAACAAUAUAGUCAUGACUUAUGCUCUGACACAAAAGGUUGAUAAGUUCACGGUUGUCUAUCUAAAAUUCUUUGCUCUUGCCAACCUCGUGCAGCAACAUCCGAUUGAGAAACUCGUGUCGGAGCUGAAGACAAGAAAGUUGAUCUCGAAAGAACAAGUUCUACGCGAAAUGCAAAAUCGAGCAAGCGACACCGAUAUCAUCGCUACUUCAAGCGUCAUGUCACUGAAAUGUCCUCUAUCAACUCUCCGGAUUCAGGUGCCCUGUCGCUCCAUUAUAUGCACUCAUAAUCAGUGCUUCGAUGCAUCUUCGUUCCUUGAACUGCAGAAGCAGGCUCCGACGUGGACGUGUCCCGUGUGUUCUAAAUCGACCAGCUUCGAGUCUUUGCAGGUUGACCAAUAUGUCGAUGACAUUCUCCACUCUACUUCCUCUCGUGUGGAUCAAGUCACGGUUGAGCCGGAUGGUGUAUGGUCCACCCCCACAGACUCCGAUGCAACGAACGCGGGUGGAAUGACCCCGACUUCGGAUGACGACGACGACGACGAUCUCAUCGAGAUCACUGAGCCAGGACUUCCCUCUGUUAAAAAGGAGCCUGGGAAUCAAGAAUUCGGACUCCCCAGCAUUGCCUUGGAGCGGACACCGGCUCAGUCGAAGUCCCGAGAAGCUUCAACCCCAUCCUCUGUUAUUCGCCAGUCUAGCAAGAAGCGGCCUGUGUCCCAGGUCAUCGAUCUGACUGAAAGCGGCGACGAAGAGGACAACUCCCCUGCUCCGGCUGCCAAACGACUAGCCCCCAGCUUGCCUUCUCGAUCCUUUCCGCGGCAAGACUAUUACGUCCCACCUGCCAGUAGUCCUUUGAACGGAUCUCAUCCACCGUCAUCCUAG